AUGGAAAAGGAGGCAAGCCACCUGGAAAGACAGCAUGUUCAUAAAGUAUAUGAGAAGAUUGCUCCUUACUUCAAUGACAAACGGUACAAGGCCUGGCCAAAGGUACAAGAGUUCCUAUUAGCUCAGGAGCCAGGAAGUCUGGUGGCUGAUAUUGGCUGUGGAAAUGGGAAAUAUCUGCAUAUCAACAAUCAGACUUUUAAAAUAGGAUCUGAUUAUUGCUUACCACUGGCAGAAGCUGCAAGAAACCGGAAUUAUGAAGUAAUGGUGUGUGAUGGACUUCAGCUGCCAUACCGUGAUGAUGCCUUUGAUGCUGUUCUCUCUAUAGCUGUAAUUCACCAUUUUUCAACCAAGGAGCGCCGCGUACGAGCUAUUAAAGAGAUGGCUCGAAUUCUGAGAGUUGGUGGACGAAUGAUGAUCUAUGUAUGGGCAAUGGAACAGAAAAGAAGGAAAUUUGAGAAGCAAGACUUGCUUAUACCAUGGAAUAGGGAGCCACAAAAGGUUUCAGAGAAAAGAAAGGACCUGACUGAACCAGAUUUCAAGAACCUGCCACUGAUCAAUCCUUUGAGUAGGGUUCACAGCAAUAUGCUUUCAAAGAUUAGGACUAAACAUUCUUCAUUUGUUAAUAGGAUACCUUUAACACUUAAAAAUGGCCUCCAUUCAUCAAGAUGUUUAACACGGUCACUAGAAUCAGGGCUGGAUAUAAGUAGUAUGUAUGUAAGCAGUGAUCAGAAGCAUGAAAGCAUUCUACGUAGACUGUAUGACUACUGCACUGAAUUAGGAAAAUCCACAAAUGCGUAUCUACCCAGACUGUCCAAACCUGCUCAUUUUGUAAAACAAAUUGGUGACCUUCUACCAAAAUACAUACAAGACCUGGAAAAAAAUACUAACAAAGUCACAGAGUUAUUUAACUUUCCACUUGCUAACAAAAGUUAUUGCACAUCAUCUAAUGUAGAACUUGGUGGAGAAAUAAUCAAAGACCUUGAAAAUGUUCCAUUACCAGAUCUGAAAUCUAGUUGCAGUGGACCAAUUGAUCUCAAGCGAUGUUCUAACUCUGACAUUAAAUGUAGGAAAGAUCAGCAGAUCCCGCCAAUUGACAAUACAGACUGUCUUCGAUAUUAUCACAUAUUUAAACAGAAUGAACUUGCUGAUCUCAUAGAACAAUGUAUUCCUGAACUCCUUGUUGUGAGCACAUUUUAUGACCAUUCAAACUGGUGCGUCAUUGUUGAAAAGAACCCACUAUGGAAAAUGUUAAGUCCCCAUAACUGGUAA